AUUCAUCACAGACAAGAUAUUCCGCUAUAAAUAACCUCAGGUCUUGAAUUCUCUGCUUCAUCUCUGCGUGGCAGUAUUCUGAAACAAUAUCGAACGCUAAACAAAAAUACAAUGAAGUUCUCCGUAGUGUUUAUUUGCAUACUGCAGUUGAUACUAGUCAGAUCACAGAAUAAUGACGGCUCACUGGAAGCAGAACCAGUGGCAGCAGAACCAGUGGCAGCAGAAGCAGUGGCAGCAGAACCAGUGGUAGGAGCUGAAAACAUAGAUAGGGCAGAUGAAGAAUCACCGGCAGACGACGAAGAGGACGGAGCUCCAAACGUAAAUAAUGAUAACAAAGUGGCUGAAGCCAUUGCAGAGACUACAACUAUGGGUGAAACCACUCCAGAGACUACAACUAUGGGUGAAACCACUCCAGAGACUACAACUAUGAGUGAAACCACUCCAGAGACUACAACUAUGGGUGGAACCACUCCAGAGACCACAACUAUGGGUGAAACCACUCCAGAGACUACAACUAUGAGUGAAACCACUCCAGAGACUACAACUAUGAGUGAAACCACUCCAGAGACUACAACUAUGGGUGGAACCACUCCAGAGACUGCAACUAUGGGUGAAACCAAUCCAGGGACUACAACUAUGGGUGAAACCACUCCUGAGACUACCACUAUGAGUGGAACCACUUCUGAAGGUGCAGCUAAGACUACAGUGACAACUUCUACGAUGGAUACUUCUACUUCAACGCGUAAACCUGAUGACUCAAAAGGCAAAGGCGGUCUUGAAUUCUCUGCUUCAUCUCUGCGUGGCAGUAUUCUGAAACAAUAUCGAACGCUAAACAAAAAUACAAUGAAGUUCUCCGUAGUGUUUAUUUGCAUACUGCAGUUGAUACUUGUCAGAUUACAAAAGAAUUUGAACUUAUCGAACGAAUAUGUUUUGAUUAUACCUAUUGGUGAGACCUAUGAUGAAACCAUUGCAGAGACUACAACUAUGCGUGAAACCACUCCAGAGAAUACAACAAUGGGUGAAACCACUCCAGAGACUACAACUAUGCGUGAAACCACUCCAGAGACUACAACUAUGGGUGAAACCAAUCCAGAGACUACAACUAUGCGUGAAAGCACUCCAGAGACUACAACUAUGCGUGAAACCACUCCAGAGAUUACAACUAUGCGUGAAACCACUCCAGAGACUACAACUAUGCGUGAAACCACUCCAGAGACUACAACUAUGCGUGAAACCACUCCAGAGACUACAUCUAUGGUUGAAAGCAUUCUAGAGACUACAACUAUGCGUGUAACCACUCCUGAGACUACCACUAUGAGUGGAACCACUUCUGAAGGUGCAGCUAAGACUACAAUGACAACUUCUACGAUGGAUACUUCUACUUCAACGCGUAAACCUGAUGACUCAAAAGGCAAAGGCGGUGAGUCGGUGUUUUAA